UCAGCCUCGCCAGUCCCCCGCGCAUGGGGGGCCGCCCCGGACAUGCCCUUCUCCCCGCCGGCAGCACCGCUCGGCUUCGCUCUCCUGUUGCUGGCGGCCGCGGGAAGGUCCCUCCCCGUGAGGCGGAGUUCAGAUGGGUCCCUCUCUGGGGUUAUGCAGAAGUGGAAGGAGUAUCAGCUCCAAUGCCUGAAAUACUUGUAUGAGGCACCCCCCAUUGUGGCAGAAGGCAAGUUCUGCAACAGAACAUUUGACAACUACGCCUGCUGGCCAGACGGACUGCCUGGCACGUAUGUGAAUGUCAGCUGCCCCUGGUAUCUCCCCUGGGCUAACACAGUGCUGCAUGGGCAGGUGUACCGGUUUUGCACCCCGGAGGGGACGUGGCUGCUGAAGGAGAAUUCAACCCUGCCCUGGAGGAACCUGUCUGAGUGUGAGGCCUCUGACCAGGAUGCACCAGAAGAACAGCUCCUGAAUUUGUCCAUCAUAUACACCAUUGGAUAUGCUCUUUCCUUCUCUGCCCUUGUAAUAGCAACUGCCAUUCUUCUUGGAUUCAGACAUCUGCAUUGCACGAGGAAUUAUAUUCACCUGAACCUCUUCACCUCUUUCAUCCUCCGGGCUAUAUCUGUCUUCAUUAAAGACUCAGUGGUGAAGUGGAUGUACAGCACAGCCACACAAGAGCACCAGUGGGAAGGACUUAUCUCCUUCCAGGAAUCACUCAGCUGCCGCUUGGUCUUUGUGAUGAUGCAGUAUUGUGUGGCUGCAAACUACUACUGGUUGCUGGUGGAAGGCAUGUACCUGUACACGCUGCUGGUACUUUCAGUCUUUUCUGAGCAGAGGAUUUUUCGGCUUUAUCUCUGCAUUGGCUGGGGUGUGCCAAUGCUGUUUGUUAUCCUCUGGGGAACUGUCAAGUACCUUUAUGAAGAUGAGGGUUGCUGGACCAGAAACUAUAACAUGAAUUACUGGUUAAUCAUCAGACUGCCCAUUCUCAUUGCCAUUGGGGUAAAUUUCCUGAUCUUUAUCAGAGUUAUAUGCAUCAUCAUCUCCAAACUACAGGCUAAUCUGAUGUGUAAAACUGACAUAAAAUGCAGGCUGGCUAAGUCUACGUUGACUCUGAUCCCGCUGCUGGGGACCCAUGAGGUCAUCUUUGCCUUUAUUACUGACGAGCAUGCCAGAGGGAUGCUGCGCUUUGUGAAACUUUUUACUGAGCUCUCCUUUGCUUCCUUCCAGGGGCUGAUGGUUGCAAUUCUCUACUGUUUCAUCAAUAAUGAGGUUCAGAUGGAGUUUCGGAAAAGCUGGGAGCGCUGGAGGUUGGAACAUCUGUAUGUCCAAAGAGACAGCAGUAUGAAACCUCUGAAGUGUCCGGCCAACAGCAUCAGUAGUGGAGGCACAGUAGGCAGUAGUGUCUAUGCUGCCACUUGUCAGGCCACAUUCAGCUAAGAUUUCUGCAGGUGAAUCAGACUGAGAACCAUGAACUGUAUAAUACACCUGAAAACCCUUAAAUACCCAAGCAAGUGGCUUAAGUAUGCCAGUUCCAGCAAGAAACUUAAGCAUAUGCUGCUUAUUGCCUGCAGGCUGUUGGACAAAGGUUUCUAGGGAAAGCAAUCUGCUAAUGUAAUCAACACAUCAGAGGAAAAAUUGAUCAUGUCUAAAGUAAGUUAAAAGAGUUUCUUCCUAUUUGCACACAAGGCCUCCAGGUGUCCAAAACUUAAGCAUAGCAUUGAUCCAGUCUGAAACCACAGGGUCAAUGGCUUAUUACUGUUGAGUGGGUGAACUGAGUGAUUGACUGAUUAAAUUACAAGGAUACAGAAUAUGAUUAUUGCCAAAAAAUACAUUUAGACUUUUAUGGGGAUAGGGUUAGGUGCUAUCACCAGUUCUAGAAAAAAAGAACUUUUUUGGGACACAACAUGCGUUUUAGGGAAGAACCAGUUUGUAGUAAGAGUUUCCCAAAGCUAAAGUUGAAAAUAUGCUUACCUGUUUUCUGGGUAGGUGCAGAACAGCAUCCCGAAUGUUUGUCAAUACCGCAGGCACUGUGGUAUACAUUUCUGACUGCUCUUUUUAAACUUCACUUGAAAAUAAUAAACCAAACCCAGUAUCUGGUAGGGGCCUCUUUUGCUAUUAAUAGCUGCAUGUUAUCUCUGUUGACACGGAUGGAAAUAUCCCCUGAAUGCACAGCCCAUCCAAUUUUAUGUGGUACUCUGCUUCUCCAGUGAGCGCAAAGGUGUUAAUGGGGACAGGAUAAUGACUUGUGCUUCAAGAGGACAUUUUCCUUCUAAGCUAUACUCCGUUUCUUGCGGGUGCAAACACGCAGCUGGUCUUAGCAGACUUCACCCACUUGGAGGAGAUUCCGUAGUUCACAGUGUGGGCUCGCUUUUGUUUCUCCUCCAGCCGUGCUCGUUUUCUCGCGACACGAAACGCCCGCGAGGCGCUGCUCUCGCGGCGCCGGAAGGCCGCUUUGGAGCGGGCUGAGGGUUCAGCACGGAGGACAGCUCCCGGCCCCUGCCCGGGGUGGGCUGCCUUCUUCCUCCUCCUCCACAGCCAGCCUGCCUGCCAGCAGCGGGAUUCAA